AUGGAGCCCACUAUACUUAAAGUAAAUGAUACGUUCGAAUCUUUAGAAGCACUUGAAAGUGCAGCCAACUUAUCUGCUAAAGCUAACGGGUUCGCUUUCUCAAGGAAAGAUAGCAACCUUACAGGACGCGGAGGUAAAUCACCUUUCGUCAUCUUGCAAUGUACCAAAGGUGGAGAAUGGCGAAACAACUGGAAUAUAGAAGAAAAAACUCGAAAAAGAAAAAAAAAGACUAAACGUGUAGGUUGUCCUGUGUACAUUAGAGCCGUUGCAAUAAAACGUCAUUUAACUACGGAUGUCACAAAAGAUGAGAUAGUGUGGAAUGUUACAAAAGUUGCACUUGUGCAUAAUCAUCCUUUACUUGAAUUGGAUGAGGUUGCAACCCUUCCUCAGCAUCGCACCAAAAAUUUAAGUCAAAAACGUCUUAUUCAACAACUACAUGACAGUAACGCACCUACACGUGUUAUUACGACUGCUGCAAAUAAGAUCGUUGAUGGUGGGAUUAUUCAUCCAAAGGAUAUUGUGAAUGAGCGUGCCCGUAUAAGAUUUGCAUUAAAUGAGGGUCCCAAUGAUGAUUUUACGCGGAAGCUUUUAAGGCUCUUUGAAGAACGCAACUAUGUAGUAAUACCUUCAAAAACAGCAAAAGAUUCAACCUACAAAACAAACAUUUAUAAGUACCCUCUUGUUAGUGCUAUUGGUAUUAACAAUAUAAGCAAUGAGAAAG